AUGCAUACAUCUGGCAACUCGUUAUUUUCUAAUCCAAAUGGUCCUAAUGAGAGCUAUACACCUGUUUCGAACCCAGAGCUGCGCUUGUUGUCUGAGUUGCCAUACUACCCCGUUCUUGACACCGAUCCGAUAUUUCAGUUCUCUUGUGACGAGUUGAUUGGUGACAGGUUUCCCAUCACCAAAUACCCCUUUGAUGGGUUUGUCAAUUUCCACUCCUUGAAAAUCUGUAGCUCAAAUGCAAAGCAAAUGUCAAAAUACUUGCAGUUAGCUAUGGGGUUCAGGGAAGUGGCCUACAGGGGGUUGGAAAAUGAUUCAAGGUUAGUUGCUUCCCACGUUGUUCAAAAUGGUUCUAUUCUCUUGGAGAUUGUCAAUACUUUGGAAACCAUCAAGGAUGAUAAUGUUUUGCGGUUCCCUUACUUUAAGCAAGACCUCUCCUUGUUUGACAAGUUUGAAAAGGACAUGAGUACGUAUUUGGAGGAGUUCAAAAUCACCACCGAAGAUUUGGUGUUUGAUUAUGUCAAUAAUAGGAUUGAAAGCUUAAGUAUCAACCCGUUGAAAUCCUUAAAGUUCGGCCGCCACAUGUACAACACUAUUGUCAAGGGUGGCAAAUACCAGAAAGUUUCCAAAGAGGUUGAAAAGAUCAUCAUCGGUGUCAUUAAUGACUCAGAAUUGAUAUACAACGAUAUAAUGGAAUGCACGCUAAUACAAAAGUUUUUGAAAAGUCAUGCGGAAGGUGUAAUGGACAUUGCAUUCAAUGUAAACAAUGUUGAUGAAAUUUUCGAAAAGGCGAUACUGGCAGGGGCAGGUAUUAUACGCUUGCCACGAGUCCUUUCUGAUGAGAAUGGAUCAGUCAAAUUGGCAACGGUAACCGUCCCAAACACUGACAUUCAGCACACUUUGAUUGAAAACUUGGACUACACGGGGACCUUUUUACCAGGAUACUCCGAAUCUAUCAUGGGACUUGCUCAAGGUUAUCAGGAGCAAUUAGACUCUUUGCCAGCUGUGCAUUUUACCUCAAUUGAUCAUUGUGUUGAGAAUUACUCUUGGAACCAGAUGAUGUCGCAAGCCAAAAUUUACGCCAAGAUGUUUGGCUUUCACAAGUAUUGGUCGGUUGAUGAAAUGGAUGUUUCGACUGGGUUUACAGCUCUACGUUCCAUUGUGAUGAGUUCAAGUAAUGGCCAGAUAAAGAUGCCAAUCAAUGAACCCGUCAAGUCAAAAUUUAAAGGACAAAUAGACGAGUUCAAUGACUUUUACGGUGGACCUGGAGUGCAACAUAUUGCUCUCCGUACUAAUGACAUUGUUCAAACUGUAAAAGCCUUGAUUCGACGUGGAAUUGAAUUCAACCAAGCUAGUGACAGAUACUACAGGAAUUUGCAACAGCGGCUAGCAAAUGAUGAUAUUGAGUUGUAUGAAGAUAUAAAUGACAUCAAGUCCCUCAAUAUUUUGAUAGAUUACGAUGCUACAACAAGAAACAAACGCACAAAGAGGUGUCAUUACAUCUUGCAGAUAUUUUCUCAGCCUUUACAUGAUCGCCCAACCUUGUUUAUUGAAGUCAUUCAACGUCACCAUCACAAUGGUUUUGGAAAGGGUACAUUUAAGGGAUUAUUCGAAACUAUUGAACUGCAACAGAGGCUUCGGGGUACACUAGUUGAAGUUGAGUAA